UUGUGUGGCGAGGUGAUUCAUUGUGUACCAAGAAAGUUUGAACUCUGUACAGGAGGUCGAACAUUGUUGAUCAAGUUUUCCUGCUCUUCAAGUAUCGCACAAUGUCCGGCAUGAGUGGGGACGACUUGCAAGCGCGCGACCGAAUAGGCAGUACUAACAGUGAAGUUGAUGCUAGGAGCAUUUUUGGGGGGAUCUUCGGUAAGCAGUCCGCAUCCCCCUAUCCUGUGUUGCCCACAUCGCUGGAAGCGGAAGAGUACAACAUGUCGCACAAGAGACGGGGCAAGUGUGUGAUCUUCAAUAACAGGAAUUUCGAAAUCCACACCAAGCUGAGUGAGCGAAGGGGCACAGACAUGGACGCCGAAAACCUUCGGAGCUGCUUCCGUCACUUGGGUUUCGAGACGGUCGUGUACACUGAUCUGUCGUGCAGAAAAACGCAGGAAACUCUAGAGAUCCUUGGAAAGCAAGACUACUCGGACGACGACUGCUUUGUGUGCUGCUUCUUAACGCACGGCGAAACCGACGUUCUUUAUGGAACGGACGGAAAGUUUCCUGUCAGCGCUGUUAUGGAGCCCUUUCACGGUGAUGUCUGUUCCAGCCUGCUCGGCAAACCAAAGCUAUUCUUUAUUCAGGCCUGUCGGGGAGACAGACUCGACUCGGGCACCCGGGCAGUUCUGGACACUGCAGACUCUCCUAACCGGAUAUACCGUAUUCCCACUCAAGCUGACAUUCUGGCCGCCUACUCCACAGUGCCAGGCUUCUACUCGUGGCGUAACACGAUGCAAGGCUCCUGGUUCAUUCAGGCCCUCUGCUCGGUGCUCCGACAGCGGGCACACAUUGCGGAUCUGCUCUCAAUGCUGACAGUGGUGUGCCACCGCGUGGCUUUGGACUACGAGUCGUACACGCCGAACGACCUCCAUAUGCAUCGCAAGAAGCAGGUUCCCUUCAUCACCUCCACGCUGACCCGGCAGGUCUACUUGAGGGCGAAACCAGGAGCUGCGUACUCCUAGCCACUGUGCGAACCAAGUCAAGCAUUGUAAUAGAUUUUUUUUCUAAAUUGGGGUACUGACACAAAAGUUUUGGCCUCGUGCUUUUUUGCUGCAAUGUAUUGCUGGAGGCCUGUUAGUCAUAACGUGGUACAUCGUUUGCUGUAGCGUGCUACAGAUCAUUAAUGACGGGCUCCUCACUACCAACCCGUCUCGGUUCCUGUUUGAGAGCUCCAAAAACGACAAGCAGCUGAGUUCAACUAUCACCACCUAGAUUGUGCAACUUUCAACCAUGUCAGCACACAGAACUGUGGCACGCUUCCGCACGUUCCGCAUCAAGAAGUCCUUUUGAACAGGAAAUAGGACUGCAGUGUUGCCAGAGAGAAAACUCGAUGUGUGCGCCACCGCCACAUACUCGCGAGCAGCUGCUGAAUGAUGGGCUGCUGGUACAAACGCCGCAAAAGAAAAAUGGCGGCUAUGACUUCGUUAUAACUUGUUGCAGCGUGGUCACGUGAGCGAAGUGAGGGAAUUGCUAAGGGUCACUUUUGUGGGUGUCAACAGCGUGAGCCACUCGAUCGCUCAUGCAAACUUCAGAAUUAAUUUACAGUGCCUUCUAAGCUAUGUUCUCUGUUAAUAUUUUGCAGAUGAUAAAUGCACGUUCACAGUAAUCGAUGCCACAGGAUAUCUCGGCCGCGAAAUUUUGUGUCAGUACCCCUUUAGCCUAAGAAUAAGUUUAAGUUCUGCCCACAGGACUGCAGCAUGCCUGCCCUUCACCCUUCAAAAACUUUCGCAUUAGCCAGUUUUCGUUCCAACCAUCUGCACUUUUUUUUUUUUGCCUAUACAACCUCGUUACUAUAUAAAACAUUAUGUUUGGCUGAGCAGCAAUGUCAAAAUCGCUUAUGAAACUUACCAAAUCCUUCAAGUUUCUGACCUAAAACGAGAGACAGAAACGUCUGUCUGUACGGGAAAGUCAGCUACAGUGAAAGCUCGUUGAUUUGAAUUUCGUGAUAUCAGAAAAAAUGUUCAAAUUAACCUGAUGCUGAAUUAUCGAAAUUAUCAAGAAAACUAUAAACAAAUGUUUGUUACAUCAAUACACUUUCAUAUCCUUGAUGAGUAUGGUAUAGCCCUGCUAUUUAUUAUCUCUAAUAGCAGUAUAAGUGCCAAAAUUUUAGUCACCCUGCAACUCGUUUUUAAUGCAACAAUAGUUCCAAGUUGUGAUGUUUAAUUAGCCCAAAGCAUGCUCGGUACGUUAGUCUUAUUACAUACUGCUACCACCACUGCCUGUACGUGGCAAUGGUUCUUUUGCAGAUAAAGUUACUGGCAGCUGGUCGUUCAUUUAUUACUAUGCAGCAAGAGUUUAUGUUUGAGUUUUGUAA